AUGAGGAUUUUUUCUGCGUUAAUGUUAAAAAGGAACGUCCGUCAGGACAAUGUACCUUUUCAAGACAUACUCCCGUUAAAACUGAAGAAGAGGGUAUCAGGAAAAGCCACCAAAGGAUCCGAAGUAUGCUGUUUGCACGAAAUGUCCAUCCUCUUUGCUUGUUUUAAGGCGAACGAUUUUAACCAGAGUAUGUGCUCCAAAGAAAUCGAAUCUUUCCAGAAAUGCUACACGAAAUUCUCCAGCGACAGGGAUAAGCAACGUGCCAGAGACGCCCAAAAGUUUUUAACACCUGGCGAGAAGAAUUUGACCUCCAAACAAUUAAAUAUACUGUUAAAAAGGUAUCCUGACGCAUAG